AUGGAACAUCAUUCAAACAUGAAGACACCAACGGAGCAACCUCUUUGCCCAAAGCCACGUCGUGUGUGUCCUUCACUUCCUGAUUUCCUCAAACCUCUCCCAUGUUCUCUGCUUUCCAACUGCCAACAAAGUUCGGAGGGAAGAAGUGGCGUUAUCAGCAUAAUCGAUAAGGUUCAGCCAAUAGAAGGCGGAACAGUAGAGUCAAUGUGGUACGCAGGUUCUCCACCUAGGAGAACCGGGAAUCCUCUUGUACACGACCGACAUUUCAUUCACUGCCUUGACCUUCUCCCCAAUUUCUCAAGCACCAAGGCUUGA